AUGGCGGCAGUUAUCGACGACGGCAUGGUCCGCUUCAUCAUCAAUGGCCCUCAUGUCUCCCUAACUCUCGUUUUCGCCUCGCUGUACUAUAUCCUCUUAGGAAGCACCCUAGACGUGGUUUUCGCCGCUCUCUUUAUGUCACAGCGCUUCCCCCACGCGCUUUCCUUCCUUCUUGCUCGUCUUUGGAACGCAAUGCCCAAAUUGAUCCCUGUCCCUGCGGCAAUCGGAACGAGUUACCUGCUGCUUUCGAUGCUUGACAGGACAGACGCCAGGUGGGGAGGGCCAGCCCAGCCUUACCUCCUACCGUGCAAAACAACGCACUCUCGGACAUUCCCCAAAAAGCAUUCUUUUGGAUAUUCGUACCUGGCUGUCGGAGUGCCAGUAGGUAGCUCGGGCACUUUCAAUCGGAUGUUGUCGGUUGACGAUAAAUCAGCUCGGCCGGGGAAACUCUUGUCCAUGCUUUUUCGCGGGGGCUGGUACAACGUUAACGCUUCUGAUUACUUGCAGCGAGGUGAUGAUGAUGGUGGGCUGCGAGGCAAGUUGGAUGCCUAUCUCAAAUCUCAGGAUAUUGACCCGUGCGACUACCCUCAUGCCUACUUGGUCACUGCGGCGAGAUUCCUGGGUUAUCACUUCAAUCCGGUUUCUUUCUGGUACCUGUAUUCCUCGGAGAAGAUACUGUCGGCCGUAAUAUUGGAAGUAAACAACACUUUUGACGAAAGACGCCCGUACCUUGUUCUUCGCGACUUUUCUGCUGAAGCCGAGGUUCUCGGCGGGCCGACUCGCAAGUCUUUGCCGUCGUCUCGCGUCACAGGGUCAUGGCCCAAGGAUUUUCACGUCUCGCCGUUCAAUUCACGCAAAGGCUCCUAUUCUUUGCUCGCCAGAGAUCCCCUUGGCCCUGGCAUGGAAGGAUUCCAAGGAAUUGAUGUCACCAUCAACUUGCGCUCCUCCAAAGGAAACGCCAAGCUCGUGGCUCGGCUGUUUUCGGAAGGCACGGCUGUCCAAGUCGGCUCCUUGGGCAUCUUGUCCAAGGCCCGGUUUCUGUUGAGCUGGUCCUGGAUUGGAUUCGCUACGUUUCCGCGCAUUCUCAGAGAAGCCGCUGCUUUGUUUUUCCAAAGGCGUCUUCAUGUUUGGUACCGACCGGAACCGCUGAAAGAGAGCCUCGGUAGGCGCGCCAACGACAUUGAACGCGAUCUCGAGCUGGCAUUCCGAAGCUACCUGAGACAUCUCGUCAGUAAGUCGCCAGCGCGCUUGCUGGUCAAGUACACCCCCAGCGGUGGCACUUCAGCUGCAGAGGAGAUGCGCUCGGCCUUGGCUCAGGAGGAGCGGUCGAGAGAGACCCAGGCCCUGGAACUAACCGUGCUCACCCCCCUCUUCUACUCUCGGUUUGUUCAUUACGCGCACGACCUUGAGGGAAUACAUACGGAGCUCACGCGCUACGGAACCCUAUGGGUCGAUGAGCCGCACCUCCUGCCAGACAUUUUUCCGGAGCGAGGAUCCCCGACCCCAGUCGCGCGUACAGCAAUGGAUCGCCUUUGCUUCGAGACAAUACGAGUUCUGCGACGGCGUCCGGCCGCGAUCCCGACGGCGUCGACGUCGGCCGAUGGUAUUACUGCUUCACCCUUGGUCGACAUCCGACAUCUUGGCAUUUCGCCCAUGGACGCAUACAUGCUGGAACGUGCGGGACCCCGGCUCAAGGCCUCGUAUCGUUCUGCCCUGCUGCGGUUAUUUCUUGCCGACAGAUAUUUGAUGGGCAGCACAGCUCUUCUGGGCCUCUGCAUCGCUGCUCUCCGGAUCAGCAUUGCCUGGGCAUCGGUGGCAGCGCUGAGCCAAGCGAUCGGGACUGCUUGA